AUGGAAAACACAUAUUCUGAAAACCUCAAAGUUACUGUUCUAGUUAAUGAUGAUGUUUCAGUCCUUACUGAACUUCCUAAAGCUGCAAAUCUUACAGAAAUACGUAAAAUACUUGCCAAAGUACCAGAAAUAAGAAUGGGACAUAAAGCUUAUUUUAUAUGCCUACGUGUAGAAGGCACACCAAUAAUUCCACAUAACAAUGAAAGAAAAUAUUUUUUAGAAGAUGUUAUCGACGAUACUAAAAAUCCUAAAAAUAUGAAAAUAAAGGGUGAACUUGAACCAAAUUGGACUGAAAUUAUCAAUAAUAAUUUACUCGAAUAUGGCUUCUUUUUUACGGAGAACGGGCCCAAAUCUGCAACGGAAAAAGCAUUUAAAAUUGUAAAAUUUCCGAAGACUACGUUGCCAAAUCAAAUUGUCUUGGAUCAAGAAUUAAAUUGUAAAACGGAAAUAGACGAGAUCCGUAUAAAAAGUUUAUUUCUUACAACAAAUCUAGAUGCAAAAUUACCAUCUAUACCGAUUUUUGCGAGGUUUGGUGGUUCUUGCCAGUCGAAUAAUGUCAAACAUAAAAAUAACGUGAACUCAAAAACAUACCAGAAAUCAAUAAGAAUAAAAGCGAUAUUCUCAAUGUCCGAAUCAGAAAUCAAACCAACUGAAGAAUUUGUUUUAGCAGUAGAUAAGGCACUUGAAUCAAAAAAUCGUCGUAAAUCCCUUGAACAAGUAUCGAGUGAGUUUGGAGAAUUUUGGUGUAAGAAACUUGGAAUUGGAGGAAGCAUUUUAUAUGUUAAAAAAGGAGGAUCAAUUGUAAAUGAAAAUAAAAGGUCCAAAGGGAAAGAAGUGAAAGUUAAUCUAUCCUUCGGAGGAGGAGUAGGUGGUAAAAACGAAGAAACCAAUCAGAUGAAUGCAGUAGCUAGCGAAUACACUUGUUUUGAGAUUCGUGGUGGUUUGAAAAAUCUUUUUCGUGAACGAGACCCGGGUGAAUGGUUCACGUCUUUAGAAGAUUAUAAAACUUGGGAGGUAGCCGCAUAUUUUCCAGAAAUUCAUUCAAUAUUUGAUAUACUUGACGAAGAAAGACGAGCAAAAGUAGCCGAAGCUUUUGGAACACAAAUUAUUGAUUCUCAAGUUGUAGACUUAGGUUUUAUGAUGGAUAUUUCUAAACCGGAUCCAUGUAUAUAUGAAAUUCCGAAACAAUAUGAUUUAUCGAAUUGCCAGAUUUUUGUUACCGAAAUGAAAGAUAUGAAAGAUGACAACUCAGAUACAAUAUUUGCUUCUCGAGUACACUAUAUGAAUGAAAAAGAGCCGCCUGUAAUUCUAUUGCAUCGGCUUGGCUCAUUAGCUAAAAAAACAAAAUAUCAAAAAUUUUCAAUAAAAUUAGGUUGGAUCGUACUUGGUACAUCAACCAUGUUGCCAACAAAGCUAGUUUUUGAAAAUGGCGAAUCAAAAAUCAAAGUCGGGAAUAAAAAUUGUUCGGCGAGUAUUAUUUCCUCGCGCGAACUGUGUCCGGAUGAAAGUCUAUUGGCUACUUGUGUUUCAAGAUCCAAAGAUUCGCAAGUAAAUUUUGCAAAGUCCAAAUAUGUUACGAGAUCUCAUUUUGUUUAUGAGAAUAAUGCUAUUGAUGCUUGUGCUUUUUGCUAUGAUCUCAAAACUGGAGAACUAUUUUAUCAAUUGGACAAUUUAGAAGCAACGUUUUCGAUCAAUUACAGUAUAAUUUUCGGGCGACAAAUUGAUGAAUUCGGCCAAGCACAAAUAAAUAGUGAAUCUCGUAUUAGUAUCAAAUCUACUCGACAUAAAAUCGAUUUUGGCUGCUAUCGUAACUUAACACAACCGUGCUUGCAAAGCCCAGUUUUCGUCAACUUAGUCCUGGAUAAAUGUCCAAAACAAUGUCCACAUGGAAUACUUAAUAUUACACCAAAUCAUGCAGAGUUUAAGCACAUUUACUUUUCCAGCCCGAAUUUAAAAGAUCGGCAAAUUGCAUAUUUUCGUGCUCCAAUUCGAAUUAAUGACAAAGGAAAAGCGAAGCACUAUUACAUGCAUUAUACAUGUCCAUAG